AUGAUCGCACCAGCCAUUGUGUUUGCGGCUAUCUGGUUGGGCGCAGUGGAAGCCAAGAAUACGAGUAGCUUCGCUCCCAAAUAUGAUUUUGUCAUUGUGGGUGGAGGUACUAGUGGUCUGGUCGUUGCCAACAGACUUUCAGAGCUGAAAGGCAUGACCGUGGCCGUUAUCGAAGCCGGCGACUCGGUUCUCAACAAUCCCAACGUCUCCAGUGUUACAGGUUAUGGUCGAUCCUUUGGAACAGAUAUUGACUGGGCCUAUCAGACCGAAAACCAAACAUAUGCGGGUGGCUCGAAGCAGACAAUGCGUGCUGGGAAGGCUAUCGCGGGAAAUAAGGGUUGGAAUUGGAACAGUCUGCUUCCAUACUAUAAGAAGUCGGAGAAGUUUCAGGUGCCGACCCAAGACCAAGUUAACAAUGGUGCUGACUACUAUACAUCCUAUCAUGGAUACCAUGGCCCUCUUAAAGUCGGCUGGCCUAAAGCAAUGACCAAUAGCAGCGUACUUCCCUUGCUCGAUGAAACUUUCAACCAAAUAGGUCUUCCUUACAAUCGUGAUGUGAACGGAGGCAGCAUGGUGGGUCUUACAUCUCACCCUAAUACCAUCGACAGAGAGGCCAAUGUCCGUGAAGAUGCUGCCAGAGCCUAUUACUGGCCCUAUGAAAAUCGCUCUAACCUCAAAAUUAUCUCGAAUACUUACGUUAAUAAAAUCAUCUGGGCCAAUGAUUCUCACAGCGAGGCCAUUGCUGUUGGAGUCGAAGUGACCGGUGCCAAUGGUACCGAGAUUAUAUAUGCAUCAAAGGAAGUCAUUUUGUCAGCGGGCUCUCUAAAGUCACCAGUGCUGCUUGAGCUAUCGGGAAUUGGAAAUCCAGAUAUCCUCCGCAAACAUGACAUUCCCGUCAAGGUUAACAUUUCUGCUGUUGGUGAGAACUUGCAAGAUCAGACAAAUAAUGGUCUUUCUUACGAAGGACGAGAGUUCUGGCUAGGAUCGCCGACAUUUUCUGCUUUACCGUCAGCUGAUAUCUUAUAUGGAAGCAAUAUUUCGGCCGUCGCCUCAUCUGUCAACUCAAGCCUUGCAGAGUAUGCAAAGGCCGUCGCCAAUUUCUCUAACGGGGCCAUCCAGGAAAAGAAUGCUCUGACUGCUUUCCAAAUCCAGUACGACUUGAUUUUUAAAUCCAAAGUUCCAUGUGCGGAGAUUGUAAUGCUGCCAAUUGGUCAUGCCUUUUCCUCGGAAUAUUGGCCGCUACUCCCUUUUUCGAGAGGCAAUAUCCACAUUCAGUCUUCAAAUCCCACGUUGCCAGCUUCUAUCAAUCCGAAUUACUUCAUGUUUGAGCAAGAUCUUGAAGCUCAGGUGGCUGUGGCUCGAUAUAUUCGCAAAGCAUUUUCCACUCUUCCUCUGCAAGAUCUCGUGGGAGACGAGUUCGAACCAGGGCUAGAUCUUGUUCCCGACGAUGCGUCUUAUUUUGAAUGGACUACAUGGGUUAAAUCUACCUGUGAGGAUUCUACUUUGUCAUCUCAAGCUCAUAUGGCAUCAGCUGACGUCUUUAGAUCGAUCAAACUUUCAUCCAGUGGGCACUGCAAGUAUGCUUCCUCGGGAUAA